AUGACCAGUUGGGAGCGAGGAAAGAAUAUCACUUUGUUGUGUGCAAUGAGUGCGGCAGGUAGAUACAUUCCACCGAUGUUCACUUUCCCAAGGAAAAGAUUAACUCCUCUGCUACAGAAGGAUGGUCCAGCCGGAGCGUUAUACAAAUGCUCUGACAACGGCUGGAUCAACGAAAAUCUUUUCCUUGAAUGGUUGGUCCAUUUUAAACAACAUGCGAAGCCAUCUGCCCUUGAACCUAUUCUGCAGAUACUAGAUAACCAUGCUAGCCAUAUUUCUCUCACGAUCUACGAAUAUUGGAAGGUAAAUCAUAUUCACAUGUUGUCUAUGCCGCCACAUACAUCUCAUAGGAUGCAACCUUUGGACGUUUCAUUCUUUGGGCCCCUUAAAAUGGCCUACAAAAAAGAAUGUGACUCAUUUUUGAAAAGCCAUCUCGCGGAGAAGAUAAUGCCCUAUGAUGUUGCAUCCUUGGCGAGAAAAGCCUUUAUUAAUGUUGCGUCCAUUAGCAAAGGAGAAUCCGGAUUUAGAGCUUCUGGAAUUGUUCCACUAAAUCCGGAAGUAUUCACUGAAGAUGACUUCAUGGCGGCAGAAGUUCUUCAAUCCGAGACAUAUAUUCAGUAG